UUAGAUUAGAUUCAUAGCACGUUCCGUUUUCAUUCGACUAGGUUAGAGCCAUUUUUUUCCAACUCCAAAAAGUGUUUCCUUCAGAUCUCAGACUCAGAUAUGGAUAGCGACGACGAUUUUCAACCCUUGCCUUCUCCUCCCGUCGUCGAACGAAAGCUCAAGCGUUUGAAGAAAGCAUCUAGGGUUUCCGAAAAUCCUCAACCUUCAUCUCCACCCAGGGUUCCCGAAAACCCUCUACCUUCAUCUUCACCUAGGGUUUCCGAAAACCCCCUACCUUCAUCUCCACUUAGGGUUUCCGAAAACCCUCUACCUUCAUCUUCCCCUAUCAAAUUAUCCGAAUUCGAAAACAAUUCAGGAUUGGAGGAGCUAAACGGAGAAUCUAUCGACGAAAUUGAAACUUUGGUUGAUAACAAUGUCACUAAAACUGUCGAGGAAGAUGGUUUGGGUGCUAGGAGGGUUUUGAAGUUUGAUUCUGUGGACGAUGAACUUGAAGGAAAGUUUACCGAGAAGACGACGGAAGAAAAUACUGACGAGUUAGAAAAAAAGCAGCAAACUGUAGAUGAUCUUUCUGAGAAGAAAGAGAGUAAGAAGAAUAAGAAGAGAAUUAAGGAUGGUGACCAGAAUGAGAAGAAGCAGCGGAAAGAAUCUAUAUCCAGUAAAAGAAAAGCUGAGAAGGAAAGACAGGAGAAUCUCAAACAGCUUCGAGCCGAGUCUCAGAGACUUCUUCGAGAAACAAGAGAUGCUGCGUUUAAACCUGUUCCUCUGGUUCAAAAGCCAAUUUCCUCGAUACUGGAUAAAAUUCGAAAGAGAAAAUUAGAGUUCUUAAAGAAAUCUAAUGUUUCUUUUGAUGAUAAUGAUGGCUUCACUGUGGAUGUUGAUUCUGAGCCUCCAUGUUUGAGGGAAGAGAUGACUAAUAAGAUUGAAGAAGCCGAGCUUGAAGAAACACCAGCUACAUGCCCUGCAGUCACAGAGAAUAAUUUAAGUGAACCUGAUAAUGGUGGACCUAACAAUGCCUUAGAUCAAUUGAGUGUUGAAAACAUUACUUCUCAUGUGGCUGUGGUUUCAGAACCAGUUAAUGCAUUUCGAGCUCCUGUUGAUGAUACUCAGGAUCUCUUUUCUGAUUCUGAAAUGAGUGAUAUUAAAGAAGAGGCUGUAAAUGAGAAGUUGAGUAACCCUUCUGAAGAAGUGUUUGCCCCAUCUAUGCUAGCAAUGAACUUAACACUUGAUUCUGCUCCUCUUGAUGAUGAUGUCUCUUCUGAUGAGGAGGACAAUAACAAGGAGAACACAGUACCACAUUUACAAGGAUCAGCUGACGUGACUUUACCUUCACGUGGCGACCCUGUUAAGGCUUUUGUUGAUGAAGAAGCUGAAGAGGAAGAUGACAGUGACAAUGAUCUACAACGCUUCCGAGAUAAUGAAGAAGAUGAAGACGAUGAUGAUAUUGAAGAACUUAAUGAUAUGAUAGCAACUGGAUAUGAAGAAGAGCCAAUUGAUAGAGAAAAGCGUGACCAACUCCACCAGCAAUGGCUUGAGCAGCAGGAUACAACUGGGAUGGAUAAUCUACUCCAAAAACUUAAUUGUGGUUCAAGAUUGAAUGAAUCAUCAUCACUUGAAGUUGAAGAGGAGGACGAGGAAAGCAAAGAAACUGAAAAUGAAUCUGAUGAUGAUAUUGAUGACUUUGUUGCUCAAUCUGAUGCCGUAAAGAUCAAUCUGAAAAAGGUGAAGCAGAUGAUCCCUCAGAUGUUUACUGAUAAAGAGGAUGCAUAUGUAUCAUCUGAUGAGGAAACCGAGGAGAGGCUAGCUAAACAGUCCCUCUCUUAUAAAGUUGAGAAGAAUGCUCAAUUCUUUUCACCGGCUGAAGAUGAAAACAGCAGGGGAAUUUUCAAUCUCAUAAAGAAAACAAAUAUCGUGCCAGAUAACAAGAGAAAGGGAAGAACUCCUUCCAUAUUUGAUAUGCCACACAUUGGACAAAACACAAAUAUAUCAUCAAAGUCAUCUUUUAUCCGCCAUACUUCAAAUCAGUCUAUGCCUACUUCUAAAAAACAAGGCUCAAGCAAAGUCCGAUCAUCAUAUAUAUUUGGGCGAGAUGACAGCAACAGCAGACCUUCAGUGUUGAUAUCAGAGGAUUCUUCAGACGUGAUUGUAAGAGAGAGUCAAGCACCCAAAGUUGUUUCUGCCAAAUUCCAAAGAAAUACACAGAGCAAAUAUGCCGCUUCAAGUUCUAAACCUCAAGAACCAAGUGUCUCACUAUUGGAGGUAUUAAGGAGGUCUUCAAUUCAUACAGAGCGUUCUGUCCAGAGUAGCGUAGUUCAGCAAAAUGAAUCUGUUGUGUUCCAGGCAUUUAAGUUAACCAAGAAGUCAAUUAAGACGGGAGAUAAAGUUUGAUAUAUGGUAUGAAAUUUUGGUAUUCAUAUGUUAUUUAUUCGUACCCCUGGUUUUUGUUUAUAAAAGAGAUCAGUAUUUGUUAGUUUUCCAUGCGUUGUGUUUUUGGACCACUUCCCUUUGUGGAUACUGAAGUAGUGCAGUAAUAAUAGUUAUCACAAAAUUAUCAAUACAAAGUGGGUUAUUAUUA